UUCUUCAUACACAACUUUCAGGUUCUUAGCCUUCAGCUCCAACACCAUUCUUCCUAAACAAACAAACAUCGUGGCUUCUCUGUGCCUACACUGGAAGAACAUUUCUCAUGGCAGUUUUUCAGCGCACACUAUGGAGGUUGACUUCUGGGGUCUUAGGAGUAACGUGCCUUGUGCUGAUGGCCACUUUAGGAAUUUUGUUGAAAAAUGCAUUUACUAAACAAAGUAUUCUGCCAACAUCAUCUCCAGCACCCACCACCAUGGAACCUCAGGAAGGCUCUGGCUGCUGUUUUUGCCAAGAGAAAUGGAUUGGGUACCAAUGCAACUGUUACUUCAUUUCCAAUGAAAAAAAAACUUGGGCAGAAAGUAGGGAUUUCUGUGCUUCUCAGAAUUCCACUCUAUUUCAGUUGAAAAACAUGGAUGAGCUGCCGUUUAUAAAAUACCUUAGAAAUUUUUAUUGGAUUGGACUCGCUUACUCUGACAAACAUCACGCCUGGAUGUGGGAGGAUGGCUCUGCUUUUUCCAAAGAUCUAUUCCCAUUAACGAAAGAUUUAUAUCCAGGAAACUGCAUAAUGUUUAACGCACCCAAAACUGUUUUGAAUGUUCCCUGCACAGAUGAAAAAUUUUAUAUCUGUGAACAACUGCUUAGGUGUUGCUUAGUGCAGAAGGGUGGGCAAUGAAAGCCCAGCAUUACUAAGAAUGGUCACUGGAUAUGGGAAUGCCAGCCAUCAUAUCAGGAGCAGCCUUGUUGAAAGGACCAUAUGACAAGGAGCUAAAACCUCUUUGUUGAACUGUACACUUGAAACAUGUACGAUUUUGUGAACCUAGGUUACCUCAAUAAAUUCAAUUAAAAAAGAAAUAAAGUCUAUUUCUAGCAGCUAUGUAAUGAGCAUGUUUUGCAAGCCAACUUUCCAGCUCUACUCAAGCAUUCAUAUAACAAAGCCCCAACUAUCUUGACAGUCACCUAAUAAGAGAACCUGAGUCACAUCCAAAUUGUUCAAGAACUCCCAACCCGCAGAAACUUGUGUGAUAGAAUGUGUUUAUUCUUUGAAGUUGCUAUUUAUUGGACUUAGUGGUAGACUCUCUCAUAAAGACCUGUCUUAAAAAACAAACAAACAAAAGGAAACAUACAAAAGCAAACAAAAUAUUAUUGAAAGAAGUCAACAAUUUCCCGAAGUUCAUCCUCAUAGAGGUUCCAUGCCUCAAAAUUUCCUUUAUAUAGUCAUUACUCUUCAUUUUGUUUUCAGUAAAGUUGACCCAGUUCCAGUAUCCAAAUUGGGCCCCAAUUGCUUUACAUCAAAUCAAUCAUUUGUCUUACUCAUCAGCCACAGUUAUUUACAUCAAGCCUAGUUGUCAAGAAGAUGAAGAUGAGCCCUUGGGGGUCCUUUAUAAGAACACAAGGAAAAUAAGAUAGACUGAACAUAACAGUUUAUAUUACAUUGUUCUUAUUAUACAAAUUUCAAAACUAGGCAAAAAUAAACCACAGUUCACAUUAGACAUGAAGGCCAUGUGAUAAGUAAAGAUGGUGGUAGUAUAUGGAAAGAGAAAGAAGAAGGAGGAAAGAUCUUAGUAAUCCUGGAAAUUUUCUAUUUAUUUACAUGGGUUUUAGUUGCAUGGGUUUUGAAUCUGAUGGUUGUUAAACUUUAUGUUUUUAUUAAUUUUUACUAUAUAAAUUAUAUUUUAUUCAAAAGGGUUAGAAGAGAGAAUGUUUGUUGAAUUUUUUUUUUGUCUUCAAUAGGUUUUGAUAUGAGGCAGGUCUGAUAUCAAUUUUUCACUUUUUAAUAAUCACAACUAUCUAUCUCCAAGCCUUACACAAUCUUACUCAAACUUUAAUUUUAGCAUGAGUCCUUUUUCUUCAUAUCUUUCUGAGAUGUAUUUCCUUGCUCUAUGACUCUAUUCUAUUCCAGAGUGGAUUGGGGACAGAUUCGAGCAUUACCUCCUUUCUAGUGACACACAAAUUUUAAUCAUUAGCUGGGGUCUCUGUGAUUGUCAGAGUUCCAGUGUCUUUCAGCUACAGAGCAGAAAUGAGUCGAUAUUUUCUCAAGCCAGGUAUCACCAUAUCACCUUUGGGGGACAUUGAAAAAUACAUCAAAUUAAGAUGAACACAUUUUUUUGAUGUUGUUCAUUCUAGCCUAAGGAUAUUUUGUUCAUUAGUUUUUAGAAAGAAAGGAAAAAGGGAGGGAGGGAGAAA